AGAGAGGAGCAUCCACCGCGGCAGCGCAUGUCACGUGACCCAUCGUGUCUACUGCUGGCCGAGUGAAGCGUGUUAGCAGGUUUUUCUAUUUUGUACAUACAGAGUUUUGUAUAUACUGUAUAUGAUGAGCUCGCUGGGCAGCGACAAGGCCCGGGGCCCUCGGGAGAAAGCGCUGCCAGCUGUCACUCAGACAUCACAACCACAGAAACAAAUACAGGCUACUGCGGAGCAGAUCCGACUUGCCCAGAUGAUCUAUGACAAGAAUGAUGCUGACUUUGAGGACAAAGUUAACCAGCUGAUGGAAGUGACUGGGAAGAACCAAGAUGAGUGUAUGGUAGCGCUCCAUGACUGCAAUGAGGAUGUCAGCAGAGCCAUCAAUUUCCUCCUGGAGAGCACCUCAGACAUGACCUCAUGGGAAACGGUGGGGAAGAAGAAGCCCCUGGUGAAGGAGGGCCCAUCAGAAAGCAAGGAGAAUAAGGAGAAUAGGGAGAAGAAAGGAGAGAGGGAGGCAAGCAAGGGCCGUGCUGCAGCCACCCGCAAAGGCAAGGGGCAAAGGAACCGACAGGCACAAGGAGUGCGUCCGGAGGAGAAUGGCGUGGAGGUGACAGCUGUGGAGAGAAGUUCAGACCGAGGUCGAAGGGUUAAAGGUGGCAGAGGAUCUGGAGUUCGAGGUCGAGGGAAAGCCCCAACAGGGAGCAGGUUCUCAGCCCAGGGCAUGGGGACUUUCAACCCUGCCGACUAUACCUCAGAGGCUGGAACUGGGACCACACAAACAGAGGUUUGGGACACAGUGACCAACAACAGCACAGAUGGAACAGUUGCCUGGAGAAAAACUUUGGAAGACUGGACAGCUGAGGACUGGAGUGAGGAUGUCAGUCUCUCAGAGACCAAAGUGUUCACCUCCUCAUGUGCACCAGCUGCUGAGAACCAUAUCACACCUGGGCAAAGUCUGGAUCUUUCCGCUCUGCUGCAGAAACCUGGGGUUGGGGGAAGAGAGGCACCUUCAUCUUCUUCUAAUCAUAGUUUGGUCUUCACCAACUCCCACCAUCACCAGCAGCCGCCCCCCAGUCGCAGCACCACCAGCAGCACAAGCUACGCACAUGCUGCUCUGUCAUCAGUUCUGGGAGCUGGUUUUGGGGACUUGGGCCAGGCCAAGAGGCCUCCGCCCAGUGCUGGAGCUCAGAUACUGGAACAGUUGAAAGGUCCUGGCUUGGGUCAGUUGCCUUCAUCUCAGACAGCUCCUCCUGUGAGCACCCAAGGAAGCAACACCUCCAUUGGUCGAUUGCCAGGUCUUGGAGGACCUGUACCUCCGCCAUCCUCCUCUGGUUGGGAUCUGAAGGCUUCAGAGUCCAACACAACCCCAUUGUCUUCACAGUUCAGCCGUGAGUUUGGACUGCAGCCAGAGCCUUCGCUUGUGCUUAGCCAGCUGGUUCAGAGGCACACAGGCCCCUCCUUGCCUCUGGCACGCCAGCCCAGUCCUCCAUCGCAACAAGCAGCACCCCCUGCGUCAGCAUCGCCUGCUCCCCAACACACCAGCACGCCAGCACAGGCCGGUCCGGUGAUGGCUGCUGGUGGUGUUAAACCUCCUGCCUCUAGUGCAGCACUGGACCCUCAGGGAAGCGGUAUGCCACAGCAGCAACGGGUGCAGCUCAAAGGUCCAAAACGAAGGAUACCUCCCGCAUCCAAGAUCCCCUCCACAGCAGUGGAAAUGCCAGGCUCAGCUGAUGUCCCUGGGUUAAAUCUGCAGUUUGGAGCGCUUGAUUUCGGCUCGGAGUCAGCUUUGCCAGAGUUUGGAGUUGUGGACAAUUGUGUGGGUGCAGUAUCCAGGGAGUCCACACCUGCACCUGCCUCAGCACCAGCUGCAUCAGGACCAGGAACACAGAGCCAAACAAGUCUGUACUCAAAACCGCUAAGUGAGUCACUGGGCAGCCCUCUCUCUGUUGCCCUGCCUCCGCCCCUCUCCUCAUCAGAGCCAAUAUAUCACUCCUCCUCUGUGGCGCUGUCUAGUCUCGCUCCUUCAUUAGGGACAGCCAGCUCCACCAAUCCUCCAUCCUCUUCAACAACCUCAACCACCUCCUCCUCCGUACCCUCCUCCUCCUCCCCCUUCACAUCAGUGGGGGGAAGCUACGAUGGGACGAUACCCCCUCACACACGGCUGGCCUUCUCACAGAGCAAAGAGGCCACGGGGCCAGUGAUGAAUGGUCUGAAUGGUGUAAGGACGUCUGCUGCUCUAGACACUUCAUCAGCUUCUUCCACACCGAAGCCAGAGUCGCCAUCUAUUAACAUCAAUGCCAAUGGUCCGUCAGCACCUUCGUCCCACUUACCCUCCACCCUGACUGCACACAGUUCAGCUGCACUCUCUAACCUGGCGCAGGAGCUGCCCUCAGCGAGCCAACUCAACACACUGAAUAGCCAUGUCAGCAGUCAUUCCUCAGUUUCAGCUCUGGGAUCCAGCUCUCUCACUUACACCAGUGUUGACAGCAGCACCGUGAGCUCUCUGGCUCCUUCGUCUGGCUCUUACACCUCAUCGCAGCCUCCAGCCUCAUCACUCCACACAGCCCACAACAGCAGCAACAGUAGCAGCAGCAUCAGCCACCUGGCCAACAUGCCCAGCAUGGGCAACAACAUGAGCAGCACAGUUGGCGGUAUUACUGGCACAAGUGGACUUCACUCCGCUGCCACCAUCGCCACCAGCACAGCGCUGGGACUUGGCUCCAAUGGAGCUACUGCCACAUCCAACCUCUCUGCACCAAGGAACACACCCCUGCUCUCCUCCACUGGUAAAGCUCCUCCUAACCUGUCCCAGGGAGUGCCUCCUCUACUGCCCAACCAGUAUAUCAUGGGCCCCGGGGGGCUGCUGCCUGCUUACCCACAGAUCUACGGCUAUGAGGACCUCCAUAUGCUCCAGUCCAGACUGCCAAUGCCCUCUUUGCAGGAUUACUAUGGAAUCACAUUCCCUGGCCCCACGGCAACUCUCUCUGGCAGAGACGGAAGCCUAGCCAACAACCCUUACUCAGGUGAAGUCACAAAGUUUGGCAGGAAUGACUCCACCUCCCCAGCACCCCCUACCAGCCUGGCCACCCAACAGCCUCCACAGGCCCAAAGCCAAGGACAGACCCAGGCCCAGCCUCAGCCUCCUCAGGCCCAGCCUCAGCCCCAAGGCCAGCCGCAGCACCACAGCAGUCAGCAGGCCUUUCUGCCACCAGGCUACAGCUACACAGGCCUGCCUUACUACCCCGGAGUGCCCGGCGCCGUGCCCAGUGCUGCUGCCUUCCAGUAUGGGCCCACCAUGUUCGUUCCUCCCGGAGGCCCAGGACCUGCUUCAGCCAAGCAACACAGCAUGGGCCUCGGCCUGGGAAACCCUUCAGCUAGCCCCUUCCAGCAGCAGGCACAGCAGCAGCCCAGCGGUUAUGGCCAGCACACCUUCAGCUCAGGGUAUGAGGAGCUGACAGCAGGGCCAGCAGGAGUAGAAUAUGGUAAAGGCUACAACUCCUCGUCACAGGCACAAGCCAAAUCUGCUGCUGCAGGUCCUGGGAAAGGUGUCUCAGUAACAUCCAGUAACUCCGGUGUGCCAGACAUCAGUGGAAGUGUUUACAAUAAGACCCAGUCUUUUGAUAAGCAGGGUUUCCAUGCGGGGACCCCACCUCCCUUUAGCCUGCCAUCAGCGCUUGGGGGUCCAGGGCCCCUGAACCCUGGAGCAGCUCCCGGAGGCUAUGCACCUGCCCCAUUCCUCCACAUCCUGCCUCACCAGCAACCCCACUCACAGCUGCUGCAUCACCAUCUAGCUCAGGAUGGACAGGGUGUUCCCAGCCAGCGGGGUCAGUCCAGCAGCCUGCAACAAAAGAGCCAAGUCAACAAGUCGAGCUACGGCAGCUCCCCUUACUGGGCCAACUGAGAUGGCUGUUUCUGCGACGUGUGUGCGUGAAUGUGCAUGGACACACACCAGCACAGGGCACCACUCUCAGCGGACAUGACUGAUGAGGUCACAGAGGGACAAACCAUUUUACAAUACAAGCUAAAACACACACUACCACCCCCUCCCCUUUGCUCUGUAUAUCCCCUUUUCAAAUUUAUGGCUGUUGUAUGUAAAAUAUAUUUAUGUAUUUAUACAGUAUAUAUGUAUUGGUAGGACAUAAAAUGUGGUUUUCUGCAUUGUUUUCAUUUUGAAGGACAUUUUAUUUUAAAAAAAAAAUGUGGGAAGAUGAGAAUGCUAAUCGUGGCGAUGAAGUUGGUGAAUAUACUUGAACACAAGCAUCUUGUGAUGUGGAUUUUCUUUUUUAUGCAUACAAGAACUGAGAAUGAUGUACAUAGAUUAUACACAUCAUUUUCACGGCAAAGGCCUUUUUUUAUUUUAGAAGAAAAUAUGUUUUUGUAUCUUUGGUCUCCCGCAUCUGUGAAUCCUUAUAUUGAGGGUGACUUUAUAGCUUGACUUCUUUUUCUCCUUCCAUUUGUCUCUCAUCCUGAGUUCUUACUAGUUGGUUGGUCUGACCAGCCAGGCCUUGGAUUUGAUGUCAUUUUAACAUUGGUUUAAUCCUUGUUGUCCAAAUUAAAAGUUAUCAACAGUU